UGAGCGUAUCUAUAUAAGCCGCUGUGCCAUCUCCGCCAUUUUGAGCUGCACUCGACCGGUACUAAAACGUGCUCGAUCUAGUGUCUUUCAAACCGUCACGAGCACAGUUGGAGUAUCAGCUCGAUGCAAGCCAUCAAGUGUGUCGUCGUUGGAGACGGGGCUGUCGGUAAGACUUGCCUGUUGAUCAGCUACACUACGAAUGCCUUUCCAGGAGAGUACAUCCCUACUGUUUUCGACAACUACUCGGCUAAUGUCAUGGUCGAUGGCAAGCCAAUAAAUCUCGGACUCUGGGAUACUGCAGGGCAGGAAGACUAUGACCGUUUGCGGCCGCUCUCCUAUCCUCAGACAGAUGUGUUUCUUAUCUGUUUCUCUCUUGUCAGUCCCGCCUCUUUCGAGAACGUCAGGGCAAAGUGGUAUCCUGAAGUGAGCCAUCAUUGUCCUCACACUCCUAUCAUAUUGGUUGGUACCAAACUCGAUCUUCGAGAUGACAAAGAAACAACAGAAAAAUUGAAAGAAAAGAAGUUGGCCCCUAUUAGUCAUCCUCAAGGAUUGCAGAUGGCGAAAGAGAUUAGUGCUGUCAAGUAUCUAGAGUGUUCGGCUUUAACCCAGAAAGGUCUCAAGAAUGUAUUUGAUGAGGCAAUAAGGGCAGUGCUGAACCCCGUAAAGCAGACCAAAAAGAAAGGGAAAGGCUGCACUCUCUUCUGAACAAUGCCGUACUGAAACCUUGAAAGCUGUGCUCAAGUGGCUGACGAUAAGACUUUAGUGCACGUGCUAGCAGUUGGUAUGGUAUGGUGUGGUAUGGUAUGGUAUGGUAUGGUAUGGUAUGUAGUUGUACAGUGACUGGUUUGUUGUCUGGCAUUUCUGUAUGCCAAUUUAUUUCACAGACCGUGUGUUACAUUGGCAAUUAAUGGGAUAACACAAAUGCAGAAAUUGA